AUGGCGGAUGACGAGCGCCUGCUUAAGCUGAAGGAGAAGUACAAUCAGCUGAAACAGGCCAAUGGAGUGCUCAAGAAGGGCUUGCUUGACAAGCAGGAGGAGUGUGCUCGCUUGGAGCAGCAGCUCAAGGAGAGAGACUCGACCAUCCGUGAGCAGCUCGAAGAAAUCGAUCACCUUCAAUUCCAAAACGGGCGCAUGUCCAAGCAGCUCGGCACGCUGACUGCGCAG